AUGAUAAAGAACAACUCGAUUAUCUUGAUUGCAAUACAAAAAUUAUCCUCAAAAAAAAGAAAAAUUGAAACCGCAUUCAAAACAAAUGCUCGUUUACUGAAGCUAGCCCUGAAACGCUACUCAACACCUUCUGCCAAAGCAAAUACGCUAAUUAUAUCUCUAACUAUCGCACCCGACUCAACACCGAUAGUAGACGUUCCAUCCACGAAACAGAGAGGGAGACCGAAGAAAGCGACCAACAAUGAAACAAUUACCCCAGAAAAAACAAUACAAAAAGCAAUAAUGAAACGACGUGGCAGACCACGCAUGACAACAACAACAUCACCGCAAAACGCCACAGUUUUGCCAAACACAGAAAAACCACUUGUUAGUACAAAGAAACGUGGACCCCCACGUAAAUUACCACAAGAGAUACAACAGAACGGAUGA